CAGACGGUCAAAGUACACACUUCAACUUUUCAAGUUAAGCACAGCCGAAGAUCCUGUGCAGCAUUUUGAACGUAGGUGCAAACUCACUCAGACAAACAACUGAGCACCAGGAUGUUUCCCCAGUAUGGUCAGCUCAUCUUGAAACCUCAGUUAUGUUCUUUGUAUUUUCACCACACUGUGAUCCUGCUCCUUCUGAUAGAUCGGACAGGUCAGUCUGAGACAGUAACACCAUCUCAAACAAUAAUCACGUUAGUUGGUGAGGAUGUCAUCUUACCAUGCCACCUGGAACCUCCAUCAGAUGCUGUUUCUGAGACUCUGGAGUGGGGGAGACCUGACCUGGAUCCCAGAUUUGUCCAUGUGUGGUACGAGGGCCAAAACCAUCUGGUUAAUCAAAACCCAUCUUACAAAGGAAGGACAUCACUGUCCACUGAGAAACUGAAGCAGGGAGACCUUUCACUGAAACUCUCUAGAGUCAAACACUCUGAUAAUGGCAGAUAUAGAUGCUUUUUUCCCUCAGAGCACAAAGAAUCUAUCAUUGAACUUCUUGUUGGCUCUCUUUCAUUACCAACAAUAUCAGGAAUCAACAUAAACAACAGCAGGGUGGUGUUACAGUGUGAGUCUGCAGGCUGGUAUCCAGAGCCUGAGCUGCUGUGGUUGGACGGUGAGGGAAACCUCCUCUCUGCUGGACCUACAGAGACCCUCAGAGGUCCUGAUGACCUCUAUACUGUCAGCAGCAGAGUGACUGUGGAGAAGAGACACAAAAACAGCUUCACGUGCAGAGUUCAGCAAAGGGAUAUGAAACAGAGCAGAGAGACACACAUACAUGUUUCAGGUGAUUGUGUUGCAGUUCCACAUUUUCCUGCUGACCGUGUCAGCAUUAUCUUAGCAAUUUGUCUCAUAUUAACUGCAGCAGCUAUUUCUGUGUGGAAAUGGAAACAAAACAGAUCUAAAGAGAGAAAGAGACACAAAGCAGAAGAGCUGCUCAUGGCAGAAAGCAAGAAGUCUGAAGAAUUACAGAAGAAAGAUGAAGAACUGAAAGACCUGGGGGAGCUGAUUAAUAUACUGAUGAAACAACAGAUUGACCUGAAAGAAGUGAAAAAAGAACUCGGAGAUCAAAGCAAUACAUUUGCAUCUGAGGUGGAGAACCUGCCCAAGCAGUUUCUGGAAGAGGAUAAGAACACAGAAAAGGACAGAGCAAAGGGAUACAUGGAUCUGAAAAGCAUUAUAAUUAAAAGCAAAAACAAAUUACUACAGGAAAGAUUGGCGUAUGAAGAGAUGAAAACAAACAUUGAAAGACAUCUGAUUAGCACGCAGCAAGCAUGUAAUAAAAUGAGAAACAUAAAAACAGAAGCAGAGAAACAGAAGGAAAACAUAAUUUUGCAACUGUCAGAGAUACAGAAACAGAAAGAAACUAUUCAUAAGAAAUCAAAUUUAGAGUCAAACCAGGAAACCUUAAACAUUUAAAUACUAUGUACAACAGGUGCAAUCGUGGCAGGGGUGAU